AUGAAUGAGGCCUAUGCCAAUAGUAUUUGGAGACACCCAGAGAUUGGCUUUUCUUUCACUAACGCGGAGGGACGGUCGGGUGGUUUGAUUAUGUUUUGGAAGAAAAGAAAUAUGGAUGUUCUUCUUAGUUUUAAGGGGGGAGGUUUUUUGGGGUUGAAAGUUAGUUGGAAGGAGGAUUUUUAUUACGUUGUGAAUGUUUACUCUUCUUGUGAUUUGAUUAAGAAGAAGGCUUUGUGGGAUAAAUUAUUAGAUUUGAUGAAAAUUUACUCCGACGGAGAAUGGAUUGUAGGUGGUGAUUUUAAUGCUAUCAAGAAUGGUAGAGAAAGAAAAGGGAGAACGGGAGUGAGUUACAAGAAGGAGACGGAGCUUUUCGCGGAGUUCAUUCUUAAGAGUGCUUUGGUUGACACUCCGUGCAAAGGGAAUAAAUUUUCGUGGUAUAGCGGAGAUGGUAAGUCCAUGAGUAGGAUUGAUCAUUUCUUAUUAUCCAACAUUGUGGUGAAUCGGUGGGAGGUUAUUGGUCAAAUGAUUGGCGAUAGAGAUAUCUCGGAUCAUUGUCCAAUUUGGAUUAUGACGGAUAAAUAUAAUUGGGGACCGAAACCGUUCAAGUUCAAUAAUGAAUGGUUUUCUUUUGAUUCUUUUAUUCCUUUCGUGGAAGGGGAGUGGAAGUCUUUGAAGGUGGAAGGAAGAGCCGAUUUUAUUUUGAAAGAAAAGCUUAGACUUUUAAAAGACAAGCUCAAAAAGAGGAAUAAGGAAGUCUUCAGUAAGAUUGAUUUGGAUAUUGACAAAGGUGUUCACGAAAUCAAUCAAGGUGAUGAAAGGUUAGCUUCUUUCCCUAAUGCUAAUUCUUUUUAUUCCUUGGAAGAGAAUGUGGAGGCUAGAAAAGAGGCGAGUAGUUGCUUUUGGCAGAACUUGAGGAUUAAAGAGAACAUGUUUCUCCAAAAAUCUAGUUUGAAAUGGCUUAAAGAAGGAUAUUCUAAUAGUGGUUUUUUCCAUAAGGUGAUGAAGAGUAAAAGAAGACAUAAUCAUAUCGGUCUGAUUCUUGCAUCGGGUUCUAUGGUGGAGUCGGUGGAGGAGGUUAGGGAGGAGGUCUUCAAACACUUUGGGAACAAGUUCAUUGAAACAGAGGAGGUUAGACCCGUUUUAGAUGGCAUUUCUUUCAAUUCUAUUAGUAGUGAGGAGGCGAGGGAAAUAGAGAAACCUUUUUUUGAAAGUGAAAUUAAGAAGGCGGUGUGGGAGUGCGGUGACUCUAAGAGUCCGGGGCCGUAUGGUUAUUCUUUUCUUUUUAUCUAG